AUAAAGAAAGAAAGAAAUAAAGAAAAUGGAUUUCUUGAGACAGAAUAAUACAAAAGUUGAAUGCAGGAAUCAGAUUACGAUAAGAAUUGCAUCAAUGUCUGUUUACCUCUUAGGUUUCUUCUUUGCCAUGUUCUUGUGCAACUGUGUCCACCUUCUUCUGCGCCCUAUUUCACAACCUCGUAUCGUUGCAGAGGCCAUUGUGGGAUUGCUACUUAGCAAUCUUGAAUUCGUUCGUUCAAGGUUCUUAAACGACACUGAAGUUCAACAAACAUUGAAUUACAUUGUGGACGCAAUUAUGGUGUGUCAUAUGUUUGUCGUGGGAUUAGAGAUAGAUCCGAAUAUAUUUCUCCAAUUGACUUUACCAGAGGCUAAAGUUGCAUAUUCAGGGGUACUCACUACAUUUGUCUUAGCAUGCCUCGUCACUCCACUUCUCAGCAUCUCUAAACAAUCAAAUGUUGUAUUCAGUUCAUGCCUCGCAAUCGUUCUUGCUGGAACAGAUUCUCCUUUAUUAACUCGAUUAAUUACCGAUCUCAAGAUUGGAAAAUCGGACAUUGGUCGAUUUAUUGUUGAGGCCGGAAUACAUUCUGAUGUAGUUUCGGUUCUCCUAAUCACCAUUGGAUUUAUCAUUUUCGAUCCGGAUAAGAAUUUUCAUAAUCGAAACGUGAUAAUGAUGUUAAAGAUGAUGGCAAUAUUGGUGUUUCAAACACUGUUAGCAUCAAAGGUUGUUCCAUCCGUUAUGAAAUGGGUGAAUAAUGAAAAUCCUGAAGGGAAACCCAUGAAAGGGUCACAUUUAGUUGUAGCACUGGCAAUUAUUAUCUUAAUAAUUAGCAUGUCCUACACUGUUAAUUUCAACACGGUUCUGAGUGCAUUCUUGGUUGGGCUAUUUAUGCCAAGAGAAGGGAGAAUAUCAAAGAUGAUGAUUGGGAAAGUGAACUAUAUUUUUAGGACAAUUUUCUAUCCUUUGUUUUUCUUUUGGGUAGGGACAGAGGCUAAACUUUCAGAAUUUGAGGCUGGGAGAUUAAUUACAUGGGCACAAAUAAUAGUUCCAUUCAUAAUUGUCACAGGUGGUAAAGUUCUUGGUUGUGUGGUUUCUGGAUUGAUGCUUGGAUUUCAUUGGCCUGAAUCAAUAGCCAGUGGAUUGCUACUCAAUAUCAAAGGCCAUUUUCAAGUCUAUUUAGCUAUUAAUGCAUUCCGUAUGAAUAUCAUAAGUAUGUCAACAAGUAUCACCUUGGUGUUUGUAACUUUCCUUACCAUUAUAUACACCCCAGUGGUCGUCGCAAAAAUUAUUGAACGUGCGAGGAGACGUUCACCAACACAAAAAAUGGCCCUUCAAUGGCUUAAUCCGACUAAUGAGCUCCGAAUAUUGCUUUGCAUUCGAAGUCCUCAGAAUAUUUUCUCAGCAAUAAACUUCAUGGAAAUCUCUCGAGGGCCAGCAAAUCCAGGGAUCAUGGUUUACUUAACUGAUAUGAUUGAUUUAACUGAUAAAAUAGCAGCAACAUUAACUCAUGGUCGUGGAGUUGAUGCUGUGACAGUGACUGAUCCUACUGUGGUUGAAAUGAGGGAAAAAAUUACCAAAGAUGUUCAGGUUUAUUUAAGUGAGGACUGUGAAGGGGUCAACUUAAGAAGAAUGAUGGCACUUUCAACGAUCAAUAACAUGCACCAAGAUAUAAGCAUCCUUGCUGAGGACCUAUUGGUACAUCUUAUAAUACUUCCUUUUCAUAAGAAUCAAGAGGAAGAUGGACGACUUCAAGUGGGUCAUUCAGGGUUUCGUCAUAUCAACCGUAAGGUUCUUCGAAAUGCACCUUGCUCUGUGGGGAUCCUAGUUGACAGGGGUCUUGGGAAAACCGUGAUUGAAAGAUCAUCCAUUUCCCUAAACGCAGCAGUAAUCUUUAUUGGUGGAAAAGAUGACAGGGAAGCACUUGUUUAUGCUGGACGUGUAGCGCGACACCCUGGAGUAAAGCUCACGGUAAUUAGGUUUCUAGUAGAGGCCGCUGGAGACAGCGUAUCGUCAAGAAUUGGUAGAGCAAAAUCCAAUACAACUGAGCAUUUAGAAGAGAUGAAGAUUGAUGAUGAGUGUUUUGCUGAAUUUUACGACAAGCAUGUUGCUGGAGGACGUGUCGCUUAUGUGGAGAAAUACCUUGUCAAUUCUGGACAAACAUUUUCUACACUAAGGUCAUUAGAAGGGCAAUAUGGUUUGUUUAUUGUGGGACGAGGUGGGAGGGUUAAUUCUGUGUUAACAGUAGGGAUGAGUGAUUGGGAAGAGUGUCCUGAGUUAGGUCCUAUUGGAGAUAUUCUUUCUGCUUCUGAUUUCUCAGUAACUGCCUCAGUGUUGAUCAUUCAACAACAUAGCCUUAAAGGAGAAUUAGAUGGACUUCAUGACGAAUUCUCAAUCAUGUAACAUUUUGUUCAUAUUCAAGUUAUAACAUAAGUACUAGUGUUCAUAAGGGUUUCUUCGAUUUCAUAAACAUAAAAUCAUCCGUCCAACUCCUCCAAACUUAAGAUUUUGCUCUUUCUUUAGUAA